UGACGUCAUUCUCAGAGAAACCCCCCCCCCCCCCCCUUUCUCAGUCAGCUGUGCCGUUGCUAAGCCAGCCAAAAAGAAAAUAGCUAUUUGAAGGUUUACAUUAUGGAUAAAAAUGCUACUCGAUACAAUGUACAACUAUAUAUUUAUGAUCUAUCGAGAGGAAUGGCCCGCAACCUUAGUCCUAUCAUGUUGGGAAAGCAACUGGAUGGUAUAUGGCACACAGCUAUAGUGGCAUACGGCGAUGAGUUCUUCUUUGGAGGGGAGGGGAUCUCCAGCUGUUCCCCAGGUGGAACAAUGCUGGGUUCUCCAGAUACAGUGGUAGAGCUGGGCGAGACUGAAGUUUCUGAUGAGAUCUUCAUGGAUUACCUCUCUUCCCUGGGAGAAAGCACGUACAGAGGUGACAGGUAUCGUCUGUUUGAGCACAACUGCAACACCUUCACCAACGAGGUGGCUCAGUUCCUGACAGGCAGGUCUAUCCCGUCCUACAUCACCGACCUUCCAUCGGAAAUCCUCUCCACACCGUUUGGCCAGAUACUGCGGCCCAUUCUUGACUCUAUCCACAUUGCCCCACCAGGAGGUAACGUCAUCAACAGGGGGGGGAACGUGUAACCAGAGAGAGCAGCAGAGUCAUCGAGUGCUCACAAGGUCACUUUUAUUGUAGUCAGUCAGUCAAACUAAUUGUCCUGCUUUCUGUUUUUUUCUGUAAAUAAGUAAAACACUAGCAUUGAAGCUAAUGGCCAUUUUGCAAGCCAAUAACUUUUAUGAUUUACAUAUACUGCAAUGGUCUCCUUAAAAACCUGGUUGGUUCAUGAAUACUACUGGAGUGUGUGUGUGUGUGUGUGUGGGGGGGAUCACAGCCCUCUUCAUUGGUGCAUCUGGCAUCUUAUUCAAUGUACUUAGAAAACACAGAUGGAAUUUUGGUUUUACCAGCAUAGCCUGAUAUCAAAACGGUUAUCUUCCAACACUAAAAGCUGACUUUGAUGAAUGUUGCCUUCUUAUAAGUGCAUCUAUGGAAAGUUAGAGGUCCACUUAAUUUAAUAAUUAAAUACUUUAAUUUCAUUUAAUUUAUUAAUUUAUUGUGUUUAUUGAUCCCCAGUGGGGAAAAUUAAAAUGUACACUCUAUUUGUUAGUAAUCACUAAACACAGGUCUGAAAUACACACACGCUCAGGACCUAUACAUGCACAAGCUUUUUCAGAAGUAUAAUGUCACAAAGUAUAUUUUGAUUUGGGAGCACCACAACAGGAUUUAGCUUUUACAUUUUGCAAGAAUUUAUACUUUAACUCCACGACAUAGAAAAUAUUGCACUUUUUACUCCACAAUAUUUAUCUGAUGGCUGUAAUUAAACCACUUACAACAUUAAAUACCUCUUGCACAUUAGUGCAUCCAGCUUAAUUAGUACUCAACUUUUGUACUAAGGUACAAAAUGCUCGCAUACUUUUAUAUAAAUUGCAAAAUGUAGUUUUUCCAUUUUGGUGUUGCAAUGUUUAGUUAUUUAUUAAUUAUUUUUUUCACUACUGACAGUAUUAUAUUAUAUAUAACAUAUCAGGUUUCCCACAUGGUUUCUGCAGUGAGAAUCAUCUGCUGCUGACUACAAUGGAAUUAAUCUGAGUGUACACUUUUGCAUAGAUCCAUUCAAUAUAUUAAAAUCAAAGGACACAGGUUGAUGGAUAAUAAGAGUUGGCUGGAGAGUCUUUAAUUUUUAAUUUAUUUCAAUUUUGAACUUCUAUGAAUGUUUUUUUGUUAUUUGAUAGCCUGUAGUUACUUUUCCUAUCAGUGAUCCUUAAUACUGUACCUGUAAUAUUUGCUGUAUAAUGCUUUUUUGUUGAAUUCAACUGUACCCGGUAUUAUGAUUUUUUUUGCCGCAUAAUUUUUGAACAAGCAGCUGAUUGAUGCCAAACUCAAACUGAGGUUUAUAAGAUUAGAGGUAACAUAAAAAUAGCGUUGAGUGUAUGUUUCUAUAGCAGGACUGGGAUAAGUUCUUUGUAAAUUCCUAUGUGUAAUUAAUUUAAUUUUAAAACAACAACCGUUUUAUCGGUAAAAAAAAUGUAAUUAAUUCUAUUCUGAUAUAAUUGAAAGUAAACUGCACCACAGGCCUGUUAUGAUAUAAAUUGUGCCUCUUGCCCUGCGUUACCAGCUCCACAGAGGUGCUGAUCUUGCACCACAUGUUAUUAUACAGAUUUCUGCUGCCAUAUGGGUAAUUAUUAACAACUGCUCACCCACAGGUUUUCUUUUAUAGUAGAUGUGACCACAUGCAAGGCAAUGUCCUGUACUGUCAACUUAACAAUCAGCUUGAGUCCUUUAACAGCCAUCAGAGUGUGUUGGAUAUACAAUAUGCACCUCUGUGCCUUCAUUUCCCUUUGCUUGACUACAGUCACACUGUUGGCAGUUGGCAUGGUUAUCAUAUAGCACAGAUGGUAAUCCAUGUGCAGUCUGCAUUCAAAUCUGCUAGUUAUUUUACUGUGCAAAGGCCCAGAAAUCUUUACACAAAUGAGGUGAAAGGGGUAAGGAUUAGUAAGGAACACUCUAAGCUAUAUUCUGUAGAUAACGUAAACAUCUGAAAAUUUUCUAGAUUAAAACAACAUCUGUGUUAAACAACACUCACAGCCUAUAAUCUCAAUGCAUUAUACACUGCACUCUUCCAUCACAAAGAACACGCCUGUUUUCAAGCUAAUGCUUAGAUGACGUUUUAGGGUUUAUCUGAUUAGGACACACGGAGCACAUUUAACCUCAUGAGCAGAACCAAGGAUCCGAGAAGCACAGAAACAAAAAGAAAUCUUAAAGAACCCCCAAACCAGCAUCAACCUUCAUUGUGUUCUUAUGCAAUAAAUAGACCUCACAUGCAUUUUACCUUCCAAACAGUGAUCAAUUUUCUCGUGCACCUGCCUAUAAAUAUUGGUUGUGCAAGCAUUUCAACACUUUAUUUUCAAACCUGAUAUUUGUAAGUAUUUGGCUAUUAUUCAAGAAAGGAUCUGCAAUCUGUUAUUUUUGCCUUCUGCUAACUAAGUGACAUGCUAAUCAGUGUAAUGUAUUACUGCACAGUUCACCCUUUGUUGCUCUGAUGUGUGUUGUUCCUGGCUGCUACCAGUAAUGUGAAAUUGCAACAGAUAAUGAUGGAUAUUAUUCUCUAAUUAAGUAAUCUAACUAUAUUAGAUUUGUUUAUGCAUAUUGUUUGUAGUUUGUGUUGUAGUUUUUUUUAAAUAAAUCUACCUACACAUAAAGCCAUUGACU